AUGGCAGGCGCAGGUGACUCGUGGCUUGCGGCUUUGAGCGACGUUGGCAGCGACACGGCCGUCGACGACGAUGUGGGCGAGAGCUGGCUUUCAGCGCUGGGCGCCGUGAGCGAUAAGGCUGACGCUGGGCAGGAGCUGCCGCAGCCAGAUGGAGACGACUGGUUGGCAGGUGUGGACGCCCUCUCGUGCGACGACUGCUCUGCCGACGGCGACGUGGACGGCGAGCUCGACCAUGAGAUGGCGUUGGUCCCCGUAGAGGUGAAGAAGGAUGUCUACUGGGCAUCGCACGCUUGCAGGCACGUGCCCGACAGCGACCUCGACGAAUCAGCUUUCAAGAUAGCCACAGAGGUGAUGGACGACGACCCGCUCACAGGGCGGAUCACCAGCAACGCGCGUAACCUCGACGAGAGCCGCUCGAAGUAUAGGGACACGCUGAAGAUCAUGGCAGGGUGUGCGUUGCAGGUCGAGCGCAACGUAUGGAAACACGCUGAGGAGCUAUUGGUUAGCUACGCUGGCUCUUCCAAGAGAGUGGAGCUUCUGUGCUACGUGGAGUACGCCAGCUAUGACAGCACCGAUUUUAUCUUGCAGAGUACGCAAACGGUGACCGAGACGCUCGACGACGGACACUCCAUCGUGGACCACGGGGCCCCUCCAG